AUGGCGAUCGAGUCGUUUAUAGGCAGUCGGAUAUCGAUCACGACGAACUCGGAUCUGCGCUAUGAGGGCCUUCUCUUCGACCUCAACAGCGAAGACGCCGUGAUAGUGCUCCAAAACGUGCAGUGCAUGGGCACUGAGAACCGCACGAGCAAUGUAAUCCCCCCGUCGAACCGUAUACACGACUACAUGGUGUUCAAGGGCGAGGACAUCAAGGACCUGGGCGUUUGCGAACUGAAGAAGGAGCACCCGCCGGAGUACGGCACGUUCAACGACCCUGCUAUACAAGGCAUCUACUUCAAUAACCAUUUCGGCCAGCCGGGCGGACCGGGCCCGGGGCCCAUGUAUGGCCCUCGGGAUGGCCCCGGCGGGCAGGGAUUCGGAGUCAUGCCGCCGCCACCACCACCGCCGAUGAUGGGGGGCCCGAUGAUGCAUCCUAUGGGCUCGCCCAUGUACAUGCCGCCCGGACGUGGGAUGUACAUGGGACCUCCUAACAUGCCGGGGCCCAUGAUGAUGCCGCCCAUGGGCCGUCCCAUGGGAGCCCCGCCGAUGCACGAUGGGUCUUUUGGCGGCCCCGAAUGCCGGCAACCGCCCUCGAGCCCGUAUUGGCAUGAGCCGGGCUCAUUCUACGGCGGCAUGCCGACCGGUAUGCCACAUCGGGAUAUCAUGCAUCCGGGGAGCGCGGACAAGAGACUGCCUGGGCCCAUGUUCAUGGACUCAUCUCCGCCUCACCAGCCCGAGGCAGACAGCGGCCGGUUUGACCUAGGGGAGUUCGACUUCGGCCCUGACCCGUUUGCUGAGGGCGAUGCGCUCGGUCGCGAGGAAAGUAACUCCCCCGCUCCCCUACCCGACAGCGGUCGCCCCGACCCACUCGACGUAGAGAAACGUGAGGAAGAGCUCCCGACAUCGGAGCCGCACCAGCUGAUGACGCCAACGAAGCGCGAGCACAAGGGCCCUCCUUCAGUGAAAAAUUUCAACAUCAUCAAGGCCGAGCAACUGCUGGCCAGUCUCGGCGCCGCAGAUGUGAAGGAGGACGUGGGACCAUCGCAAACAAAACCCAACGCCCUAGUCGCGGAUGUAAAACAAGGCAAGCCUGAAAAGGCUGCAGCGGUUGCGCCAAAGGAGGAGAAGGACCUUAGGCCCUUCUAUGACAAGAAGAGCUCCUUCUUCGACAACCUGUCCAGCGACAUCCACGGCGACAAGAAAAUGCUACGGAAGGAGAGGCAGAAGCAGCACGAAAUCAAUGUGGACACCUUCGGCGCGGACAGUGUCCGCCGCACCCAGAACAACAGAGGUCGCGGCCGUGGCGACCGCCGGGGCGGCGGCGAACGCAAGAGGCGGGAUAGCUGGAACAACGAGCGGGGUGAACGCGGAAAUGCCAACAAGGGAUCAUCGGGAGCUAAGGCGUCUGAGAAAGCUAAGGCGCCAGAGGCCGAUGUGCCCGCACCCGCUCCCGCUGCUGAGGAAUGA